AUGAGUUUUCCCUUUGGGUUAGUGGGUGUCGGUCGCCGGGGGCCGGCUUAUUCGGCUGCGAAAGCAGCGCUGAAUGCAUUCAUCCUUUGUUUCAGGGAGCAGCUCAAAUCGACAAAUGUCAAGGUGAUCGAGCUGUCUCCUCCCGCUGUGCAGAGUGAGCUCCACGACUACAUGACACCUGAAGUCGGGCGGAAGAUCGGUAUGCCGUUGGAUCAGUUCAUCGAUGAGGCAUUCGCAGGGCUCCAGGAUGGUAAGGACCAAGUUGUGGUCGGCAGUGUUGCAGAGGAGAAGACGUUCCACGAGGUUCUCAACAAGCGACGGGCUAUGUUUUGA